AUGGCCUCUUACAACCCGAACCCACACCCAAGCGUUCCUCCACCCACAGACCCCUACAACCCGUCCUCCUCCUUCCUCACAAUCCCACAGGACAUCCCCUCCAACCCAUUCUACCUAACAAUUCAGGACGCCCUAACCGUCCUCCGCCUUCUUCCCCUGCUACCAAACGUCGUUCUCCCGCUCCCCCGCCCCUCCACCAGCACCCCGCUCUCCGAACUCUACCCAACGCCGUCAAACCUCCGCGAUGUGAUCCUCCACACAAUCCUCCUAACAAGCCAGAUCAUCCUAAUCGCAAGCGUCCCCCCUGCACUCCUAGCUCUCUUCGCUGUCCCAGGCGUUGUGCACGCAGUUUUCUACGCCUCCUUCGCGCUCAUAACGGGAGGCAUAACAUGGCUCCUGAAUAGACGGCCUCAAUAUAAAAAAAGCCUCGUGGGCCGACCACAGGGCAGAGAAUGCGUUAAUGUCACAGGCGAUAAGAGAGGCGAAAACACACUGGCACCAAGCAAACCUCACGCGUCUCGCCAACAUCUUCAACCGCGAGAUCAUCGGCAUCCACAAUCCAACAAAGGGCCUCCUCCUCGAUAUCCUCGAGUGCAUCAUCCAGCGAGACCUCAACUACACCACGCGCGCGACCCGCGUCGGCCGCGCCCAACUCCACGCAGCCCUCUCCUCACCCGACACAACCAAAGUCGUGCUGAUCGCGCACUCACAAGGCGGGCUCAUCGCAGCCGCGAUACUCGACUGGCUGUACAGCGAACUAGGCGACGAGAUCAUGGGGAAACUGGAGGUGUACACAUUCGCGAGCGCGGGCCGGGUGCUGCGGAACCCGCUGCGGCAAGGGCCGGUAUGGCCGAAGCGGAUUCGAUACGCAGGGCCAGGGCCGAAGACGACCCUCAGGAGCGAGGGGCGACGGGUCCUAGGGCACGUGGAGCACUACGCCAACACGAGCGAUAUGGUUUCGAACCUGGGCGUGUUGCAGUUUACGUCGGCGCCGGCUGCGACGGUGCGCUCGGUUGUCAUGGCGAAGUAUGUUGCGCCGCGGUGUUACCUGGACAAGCACCUGGCGCAUGGCAAUGGGGAUAA